CCGCGAUCCUCAGAUCCUCAUCAGUCUCCCGCCACCGGGCCAUCCAAGCAGGCCGUGCCUCUCCGCGAGAGGCGUCGGCGUCCCGACCAUGACGACGGGAUGCAGCGAGACGUCGGCGUCGAAAUGCACUUGGGCGGAGCCCCAAUUUUUCCUCAUACCUGUCGCCCCCGGUUAUCAGCCGAGCAGGAAACGAGAGGAGGCUUUCGCUUUGAGAAACCUUCGCAAAAGACUCCAGGCGGUGGAAGUGUUAAAAGCGAACAGGGCCGAACCGAUAGAGGCGAGCAGCCCUAACAACAACGAUGUUUGUGGUGAGGAUUUGGAUAGGCCUUAUUUGUUAAAAAAGAUUCUAAUCAAUCGUCCUGUAAGCAUGGUAUUGGACAUGUCAGAAAUCCGCACGGCUUGGCAAGACAGCGAUUUUAUAACAGAUUGUCUCUGUUGGCAUAAUGUGUACAGACAGAGACACGCCGUACCACCUUUAACCAUGUCUUCGGAGCUCUGUUAUUUGGCUCAAACGUGGGCCAAUCAUUUGGCGCACACCAACAGAUUUUACUAUCGAAACGACAGAGACAUCGGCCAGAAUUUGUUCUGUCGCCCGUCCAACGGCCUCGUCCAAGAAGUUUCCGGCCGAGAGGUAGCCACGUAUUGGUACACAUCGACCAGACGAUACGACUACUUCAAAGAACCCUUAUGUCUACACGUCAACGUUAACGCAGGUCAUUUCACGCAGAUGGUGUGGAGGUCGACGAGGCUGUGCGGAGUGGGAAAAGCCCGAUCGAGAUCGGGAAAACUCGUGGUGGUCGCCCAUUAUUUUCCGCCCGGCAACCAAUUGGGCGGUUACGUGAAGAACGUGCCGCCCCCUAGCGGUAUUAUGGCGUCCUGUUCGGGCUCGAAUACGCCGGAUAGCGUUAUUUAGGAAAAUUUCGCCCGAACGAUGUUUUUUUCUUUU